AUGAUGAUUCCACACACUGCUCUUCCCGACGACCCCAUCUUCUCCAGACUCCUCCAACUAGCCACUCGUCGAGAUGGUCAAGUCAUUGUCAACGACUGCAGCCGAGGCACGCAGUUUGGCUACGGCCACAUUCUCCACGGCACGCUAAGUCUCAUACAAAAGCUUCAAAGACUGCUCAACAGGUCCACCUUGGACAAUCGGGGCGGGUUCUACAUCGCCGUCUUGGCUCCAAACGGCUAUGAGUUCAUCGUUGCAGUUCUUGCUGCUCUGGCCCUCGGCGGCGUAGCCGUGCCAAUGCCAACAGGCGCGCUUCCAGCCGAGGCAGCACAUCUCCUGAGGCAAUGCGGUGCAUGCUGCGUCCUUGUUGGCCCCGAGCACGUGGACCUUCUUACACAGAUCCAAAACGAGGUGGAAAUUGCUUCGCUCAUCAUCAGCGGUCAGGUCAACGACGUCAACAAGCUGCUGCCGGUCAGGUCCUACACUCUGGACCCGGGACUCGCCGUCCCCGAGGACUGCCCCAGCAUAUUGUUCUACACCUCGGGGACGAGCGGUCCUCCAAAGGGCGUCCUGCACGCCCGUCGGACAGUCAACAAGUACGCCCGGCUGGAAGAGAUGGGGCCCAAUGACGACAUCUGCAUCAUACCGCGGGGGGCGUUCUGGUCCGUCUACUUUACGAAACUGUUUCAGAUGCUUCUCACGGGGGUCCGCGUCGAGAUUCACAACUUCGGCCGAAACUACGACCUGAUAUGGGAGAAGCUCCGCGAGCGAACCGGCACUGGAAUUGUCCUGUCGCCGACGUUUUGGUACGGCAUGAUGCAGUUCUUCCAGAAACAUAUUUCGAAACUGCCAGAGUCCGUCGUCAACCAGUACGUCGAGGGGGCUCGGUACCUCCGCGAUGCCAGCGCCACGGGAGCCAUGCCUUCGAGCCAUGUCAAGCAGUUUUGGAAGGACUUGCGUGGUGGACGGCCGCUCAAGGUGCAAUACGGGUCUACCGAGACGCAGGAGAUUUCUCUUUGCCACGAAGACUCGGGCAGUGUAGAGGUGAGGCAUGCCGCAGGCUGUGCGAGCCAGGGCGACCUGGGAACGCCUUUUCCAAACGUCACCAUGAAGCUGUCGCAGGGCGAAGAGGGAGAGGUGCUUGUGAAAUCUCCAUCCUUGUUUCUUGGAUAUUUGAAUUCCCCGGGCUCGACGGCAAGUUCUCUAGACUCGGACGGCUUCUUCAAGACUGGUGACCUUGCCAUCCGCCAGAACGGCCGUUACAUCUUCAAGGGAAGGGCAAACAUGGACUUGUUCAAGUUCUACACCUACAAGGUCCCUCGGAUGGAAGUCGAGUCCCGCCUCCUCGCGCUUCCCUACGUCGCCGAGGGCUAUAUCAUGCCAGUUGCAGAUCCGCAGUGCGACACGCGCGUGGCUGCCCUUGUGCGCCCUCGAGGCCGACAUGGCAAGAUUGAUCUCGGUACUGUCAGGGGCCAUCUUUCAAGGCAUCUGCCUGCCUAUCAGCUCCCAACCGUGCUUCGGGUUCUGAGAGCAGACGAAGCGGUUCCGCGGACGUGGUCAGACAAGACUGCAAUGAGGCAGGCGGUUGAGAUGUUUUUUCCACGGGAUGCAGAAGAACGGCUCUGCGGAGAGGCCACAGAAGUCAUGGAUGUCAGUGGAUUCAUGAAGAUGGAGACGGAGAAGCUCUGGGACCUGUCGGGAAUGCGGUAG